AUGCAGGUCCCCAGCCCCAGCGCGCGCGAGGCGGCCUCCAUGUACGGCACGGCAGUGGCCGUCUUCCUGGUCAUCCUGGUGGCCGCGCUGCAGGGCUCGGCGCCCCCCGAGAGCCCCUUCCCCUACCGCAUUCCCCUGGACCCGGAGGGGACCCUGGAGCUAUCGUGGAAUGUCAGCUACGUGCAGGAGACCGUCCACUUCCAGCUCCUCGUGCGGGAGCUCAAGGCCGGCGUCCUGUUCGGGAUGUCGGACCGUGGCGAGUUGGAGAACGCCGACCUGGUCGUGCUCUGGACCGACGGGGACAGCGCCUACUUUGGGGACGCCUGGAGUGACCGGAAAGGGCGGAUCCACCUGGACGCCCAGCAGGAUUACCAGCUGCUGCGGGCACAGAGGACCCGGGAAGGCCUAUCCCUGCUGUUCAAGAGGCCCUUUGGCACCUGUGACCCCAAGGAUUACCUCAUCGAGGACGGCACCGUCCACUUGGUGUAUGGGAUCCUGGAGGAGCCGUUCCAGUCGCUGGAGGCCAUCAACGUCUCCAGCCUGCAGACGGGGCUGCAGAGGGUGCAGCUGCUGAAGCCCAACAUCUCCGUCCCGGCCCUGCCCUCGGACACGCGCACCAUGGAGAUCCGCGCCCCGGACGUCCUGGUCCCCGGCCAGGAAACCACGUACUGGUGCCACAUCACCGAGCUCCCGAACGGCUUCUCUCGCCACCACAUCGUCAUGUACGAGCCCAUUGUCACCGAGGGCAAUGAGGCCCUGGUACACCACAUGGAGGUCUUCCAGUGCGCCGCCGAGUUCGAGAGCUUCCCCCGCUUCAGCGGGCCCUGCGACUCCAAGAUGAAGCCGGAGCGGCUCAACUACUGUCGCCACGUGCUGGCUGCCUGGGCCCUGGGCGCCAAGGCCUUUUACUAUCCAGAGGAAGCCGGCCUUGCUUUCGGGGGCCCUGGUUCCUCCAGAUUUCUCCGCCUGGAAGUUCACUACCACAACCCGCUGAAGAUAAAAGGCCGGCGCGACUCCUCGGGCAUCCGCCUGUACUACACGGCCACGCUGCGGCGCUUCGACGCGGGCAUCAUGGAGCUGGGCCUGGUGUACACGCCUGUGAUGGCCAUCCCCCCGCAGGAGACGGCCUUCGUCCUCACCGGCUACUGCACGGACAAGUGCACCCAGCUGGCCCUGCCUCCUUCGGGAAUCCACAUCUUCGCCUCUCAACUCCACACGCACCUGACGGGCAGAGAGGCGGUCACUGUGCUGGCCCGGGACGGCCGCGAGAAGGAGGUGGUGAACAGGGACGGCCACUACAGCCCUCACUUCCAGGAGAUCCGCAUGUUGAAGAAGAUCGUGUCCGUCCGCCCGGGAGACGUGCUCAUCACUUCCUGCACAUACAACACGGGAGACAGGACGCUGGCCACCGUGGGGGGCUUCGGGAUCCUGGAGGAGAUGUGCGUCAACUACGUGCACUACUACCCCCUGACGCAGCUGGAGCUCUGCAAGAGUGCCGUGGACCCUGGCUUCCUGCAGAAGUAUUUCCACCUUGUGAACAGGUUCAACAGCGAGGAAGUCUGCACCUGCCCUCAAGCCUCUGUCCCUGAGCAGUUUGCCUCUGUGCCCUGGAACUCCUUCAACCGCCAAGUGCUCAAGGCUCUGUACGGCUUUGCCCCCAUCUCCAUGCACUGCAACAAGUCCUCGGCUGUCCGCUUCCAGGGUGAGUGGAAUCUGCAGCCCCUUCCCGAGAUCAUCUCCAAGCUGGAAGAGCCCACGCGCCACUGCCCGGCCAGCCGGGGUCAGAGCCCCUCCGGCCCCACCAUGGUCAGCAUCGGCGGGCGCAAAGGUUGAGCGGGUGUGGUCUCCCCGCUCCCCCCUCCACGCCGUCCCUGUGGGCUCACGCCAGCUCUGCGCUCCCCCCUACUCUACGAAGACCCCCAUGGAGCAGCUCUGUGUGCCCAGGACGAGGGGCUGGACGGAGCCACUGCCUGAGACUAGGGUCCAUUCCAGCAUUCUCCCCCCGGGGGAGCCCCUGCAUGGCUGAGAGGGUCCCGUGACAGCUGCCUCUUGACCCACCGAGGACUGGGUGGACCGAGACCCUUGCGCUCCCUUCCGAUGCAGCGUGAGGAUAGCCUCCCUCCGAGGUCUAGAGUCCAGUGCCCCGAAAGCCCUGCCGUCUCGCUGGGAGGGGCCAGCCUCCUGGGACACGAGCCAUGCCUGGCCGCACCCCCUGGGCUGGCCCCGCGUCCCCGGCCCCGGCUGAUGGCGGUCUGUGCGGGCACGUGACGGGUGAGAGCGCCGCUUCAACGUGUCCCUGCAGACUGGCGCACGUGUCG